AAAACAACAAACAGCUGAUUGAUUGAAAAUCAGUAAAGAAGAUAAAGAAAAAAUUACUUUUGGUUUGUUUUGGUUUUUUUGUGUAACUUUUUCAAUAAAAUUAAAAUUGUUUACAAAACAAACAAAUUUAUAUUUUUUAACAACAAAACAAGAAAAUAAUAACAAUAAAAACACAUCGAUGUAAGCAGGAUAUGGCACUGCCACGCAUAACUGAUUUUGAAAUAUUGGAAAAAUUAGGAGUGGGUAGCUAUGCGACAGUAUACAAGGCAAAACACAAGAAAAGUAAAACUUAUCAUGCUAUUAAAUUUGUGGAAAUGUCUUCGCUGUCCGACAGCUCAAGGGAGAACUUAAUAACGGAAAUACGCCUACUGCGCUCCUUGAAUCACAAAUAUAUUGUUACCCUGGAAGAUUUUUUCUGGGAUGAUAAGAACAUUUACAUAGUCUUGGAAUAUUGCAAUGCUGGCAGCCUUUCAACUUUUAUACGUUCCAAAAAAUCACUGCCAGAGGCCACAUGCAAAUACUUCCUUCGACAAUUGGCCGCUGCUGUGCAGUAUAUGCGAAGCAAUGAUGUUUGUCAUUUCGAUUUGAAGCCACAGAACUUGUUACUGACAAAAAUCAAUUCAAAUGUUUUUCUAAAAGUGGCCGAUUUUGGUUUUGCCCAACAUUUAAAAUUGGGCGAAAUAAAUAUGCAAUUAAAGGGUUCGCCUCUCUAUAUGGCACCCGAAAUCGUACGCAAACAUCAGUAUGAUGCUCGCGCUGAUCUCUGGAGUAUUGGUGUGAUAUUGUAUGAGUGUUUGUUUGGAAGAGCUCCCUAUAGUUCAAAAACUAUUGAGGAACUCUUAAUGCGCAUAAGGAGUUGCGAGAAGAUUAAUUUGCCUCCUAAUGCUCGUAUUAGUAAGGAGUGUGAGGAUCUAUUAAGUCGUCUGUUGCAACAUGAUCCAGCCAAACGUAUUUCGUUUAAUGAUUUCUUUAGUCAUGCAUUUCUAGAUCUCAAAACAUUUCCAUCGGAAAAGACACUUCAAAAAGCCAUAGAGUUGGUAACCCAAGCAGUGGAAUAUGAUGAAAAACAAAAUUAUAAAGAGGCUUAUUAUCUAUACUGCAGUUCUCUGCAAUACUUUGUACCACUCAUAACAGAUGAAGCAGAUGCUAACAAACGUAUGGCUUUGCGUAAUCGAGCACUUACUUACAUGAAAAGAGCCGAAGAAAUUAAAAAUGUUUUAAUUGAACAGGAAUAUAAAGCCUUAGCGCUACGGCAAAGUAAGGAACACCAGAAACAGGAGCCUACAACAUCAACGAAUAUAAUUGCUGAAGUUUUGGAACCAGAAACCCGCUAUAAACAACUAUUUGCAUUAUCACAUUCCAGUCCUUCAUUGAAAACGGCUUUGGAAAUUGGGCGCCAGGGAGAAUUAUAUUUAUAUGAACGUAAAUUUGAGUCCGCUUUAGAGUCUUUCACCUCAGCCUUGGGUAUAUUGGUGCCGUUUCUUAAUAAAGAACCCAAAGGCGAAAGAAGAACUUUAUUAAUACAACAGCUUGAUUUUUGGAUGAAAGAGGCAGAAAGCAUUAAAAGUCUUUUGAACGCCAAAGAUAUACAAGAUGAUGACCAAAAACUUAGCCAUUCGGUACGCAGUUGCAGUAUACAGUAGUUUGAUUAAAUAUACUAUAUAUUAGUACAUGUACACGUGUCUGUUUGCUGUAGAUUUAGCAACUAGAGUUCAACUUUCUUAAUUUAUAUUUUCUAAAUCUAUCUUACAGUAGCUCUCUUUUUAAUUUAUUUUUAACAAUAUACAACAUUUUUAUAGCUUUUUACACAACGUACACAAUUUGUAUUUAUAAUGAUAAAACCUAUACUUUCAAUAUUUGUGUAUUAGCUAAUUUUAUAUAUAUACUUUUGUAUUCUAUUUAAAUUGUCUGUUAUUGUUUUAUGUAACAACAAACAGUAGCUAAUAUGUGACUAGGAAAAACGUAUGUCCUUAUAUUUAUGCUAUUUUGUUGAUUUUAAAUUAUAUUUUUUUAUAUUUAUGUUCCUUAGCAUUGGCAUUAUCACACAAAUCAUUUCGUGAGUAUAUCAUUGUUUUUAUAUAAGUUUAUAAUUUUUUUAAGUUUCUUAUAUUUUACACUGUUGAGAAAAAUCUUCUUAUAUGUAAUAUUUAAGAAAUAAAUUCUAAAAUUUAUCUAUUUAUUGUUAUAUAUAAAAAAUAAACCAACAUAUU